AUGGAGUGGCAGACGCCAGCUGUGUCUGAGAAGUUCCAGAGCCACUUUGGCCGCCGGCCUAGGACAACAGACAGUGGGGACACGGAGCUAGGCAGCACAGAAGGUGAGAACGUCCCCCCUGCUCUGACUUCCUGGCCUGUACUACCACAACACCCAUGCUUAUUAUGCAACAUGUCAUAUAGCUCAGUUCUGAAACACAUUUACAUUACAUUUUAGUCAUUUAGCAGACGCUCUUAUCCAGAGCGACUUACAGUUGGUGAGUGCACUUAUUAUUAUUAUUAUUAUUUGUAUUUUUUUCUUCAUUUUUCUUCAUUUUUUUUCAUCAUACUGGUCCCCCAUGGGAAACGAACCCACAACCCUGGUGUUGCAAGUGCAAUGCUCUACCAACUGAGCUACACAGGACCAAACACCCCCCACACAGCUGUACACACUGUUCUCUAUGUUCACCGUGGUGAAUAAUGUUAGUUACAAUGCUGAUGGCUGACUAGCUCACAUGUUAAAUGUGUUAUAAAAGUUUGCUUUUUGUUCAGAUCGGCCUAGGUGAAUAUAAAUUUGAAAUGCCCUAGUUCCAGAGAUGCCAGACAUUCAGAGUUGGAAAAUGAUUAUCAGGUCUAAUGAGGUGAUUUAUCAUGUUUAUUGGCCUAUCGCAAUAUGCUGUCGUCAGAUCAGGCCAAAAUCUCAAGGUAUGUGUGACUCGCUGGACUUACAUUUAAGUCAUUUAGCAGACGCUCUUAUCCAGAGCGAUUUACAGGAACAAUUUGGCUGUGGGAUUCGAACCAGUGACCUUUAGGUUACUGGCCCAACGCUCUUAACUGCUAGGCUACCUGCCGCCCUACCUACCUUAUCGACUUGAGAGCAGUCGAUGUGAAUGAAAGGAGAAAUCCACAGCAGCUUGCUGUUUCUCUCUGCGACUAUGUUUGGAACAAGGGGUCGGAGGUCAGCAUCCUCUGUUGUUGAGUACAGCCUAUUUAUAGGCAGGGUGAUGUGCUCAUGAUCCUUGGAUGCUCAGGAGAUUUACAGGGGUAGUUUAUAUUCCCUACCGGUGGCUCGGCCUACCUAAUUGGGGGAUGGGGGGUGGAUUGCUAGGACUGGACAGCUAAAUGGAAACUCUGAACCCUUGCCCCCUUCUUCUUUGCUGAGUGAUACAUGUAAUGCUCACAGAUUAGAUGCACCCGAUGGGGUUUAAAUGAGAACAUCAUUUUGGAAGUACUAGGACUGGAGGUGUAUGUACUAUCCGUAUGCCCUACUGAAGGUGAGACUGGAGUGCUUUAGUAUUAGUAGUCUGUGUUUGCCUGUGGUAAGCCUAUUUGUGAUUCUAUCGUUUUUUCUAGUAGUUGGGUGUGGUCCAUUGAAAACCAUUGUAAUCGCGCCAUGCCAUCUGCAUUCACAAUUGAAGACUAAAAGGAGAAUUGCAGUUAACGAGACACUACUAUUUGGGCCCAACUGUCAAGCAAGCUAGUGCCACUGAUACACUGGCGCUGUAACUGAUAACAGUGCUUAGCAACAUGAGUCCUGACUCCUUCUUCAACUCCCUUACUCCAGUCUAAACUGUCAAAGGAGAGGGUCAGGGUGGACAUGGUGUAGUGUCAGAGAGUUCAAAGGUCAGUCUGACAGGUCAUCCUUCAUAGGCACUGAUGUGUUGUUGUUUUUGGGGCCCUGGAUGAAGUAGUUUGUUCUUUGAACACAGCUUAUUGUAUCCUACUUUCCAAUUGUGUAUUUCUAUUUGUGAUACAUUUAUGUUGCGGUCACAGUUAGUCUGGUACUGCUGGAGUAGCAUUUUAUAUUACAUCUUUGCCAAAUUAGGUUUUGAGUGAGCUUACAAACCAUUACCUGCUGGAGAAUUAACUCUCAACUGCAAUUCCACAUAGGCCUAGUUUGUUCUCCCUCAGAGCAUCAGAGCAGUUUGGACUCGUCCUAGCCAGACAUACUCAUGAAUCAGUCGAGCCUCAAGGUCACCUGAACAUUUCAUUUGAAGAAUGUUUUCACUGGAAGAGUCUCUGUCUUUGCCAGUUCCUUCCUGUUGUGUGCUCACUAAUUCUUAUUUUCCCCUGCCGUUGCUAAGCACGGCUCUGUCCAAAAUGAGACGUCUCAUUUUGGGGGAGGUUUUUAGUCUCGCUUUUGGGGUGUACUCGUGUGACGUGCGCGGGACUGUGGGAGAGGUCUAGGUGUUUAAAUAAGCAGCCGGCACAGAUCACUCUGUAACCUGAGUGGGGCUAUAAAUACCCCUAACCUUUCCUGCCUGUGUCUGUUUGUGUGUGGUUGCUCCGAGCGCUUUACAGGGCGGCCUGGCUUGGUUAUUCUCUAGGACAAUACUCCCUGCUGUACAAGGCCUUCUUGUCCGCGACACUACACUGCUGUCAGCCUAGAACCUUCGAGCCUCCAUAAAAAUGCAUUGGAAGGAAUUCGGCAUCAGCAUUAAACAUCUUGCUGCUGCAGCUCACCCCUUCCGCUGGGCUGUUAAAAAAUGUCACGGCUAAUAACACGUUUCUCCCAGUGUCGGAGUGAGUGCCAGGUGAGCAGGGCUCUCUGUUUCUCUUUAAAUAGCUGUUAUGAAAUAGUGCUUGUGUAUGGAGUCUGCUGUUAGCUGUCACACAGGCCUAGUUGUUGUUUUUACUAGUUUCCAGUGCUUUAAACGCAGAGGUUUCUUCAUUUGAAAACUGAUGUGUCUAACUGUUUCCAUUUCAAAAUAUAGCUUAGUAGCCAUUAUGACACAAUCAAAAUGGGGUGCUUCUUUGGUGUGUAGUCUCAUGAUUUGAGGUUAGUCUAUUUGCCUGUCUGUUCUUGCAUGUGUUAAGGGUUUCUUGGUUCGUGAAUGAAUGGUCUUUCUGUUGGCAAUGAAUAAAAGCACUUACUAGGUCAGUCAGUACUAGUGGUGUUACCUGACAGGCAAAGUGGGCCACCCACUGACCCCAGUCACGGUGUGUGGUAUGCUUCACAUCACCACCUGAAAAUAGUGUGGGAUGGUAGUGUGGUACGUACAGCAUACCAACUCUCUGUAAAGGAAUCUUAAGCCAGAGAUUGUUUGGAGAAAGGAAGAGUUUUACUCUGUUUUCAAGGCCAUUCACUGAAUUCAAUGCCACCCGAGUGGCAGUUUUGUUCACCACUUCCCAGUGAAAGCAAAGUACCUUUUAUUGUUACUCAAUGGAUGCUGCUUCAAAUUCUUACCCAAAUCUAACGGUUCCUUUCUCUUACCCCCUCCAGAUUUCUGCAGUUCCAGCAGCAGCCCCACGUUCCAGCCCAUCCGCAGUCAGAUUCCCAUCCCCACUGCCCAUGUCAUGCCGUCCACGGCCGGACCACCGGCCUCCAAGCCCCAGCCCCGUUCCCAAGACGAUUCCCAGGCUUCUGCCGAGGCACACAGGCCGCCCUCGGGCUCCCGAACCUCCAGUGGAACCUCCAGCUCUAAAUCGUCCUCCCUCUCCAAGUCAGCCUCUUCCCCCAACCUGGACAUGGCACAAGGCGGCAUGGGGGGAGCCGACCCCGCCGGGCCCAAGACAGACUGCCUGAGCCGCUACCGCAGCCUCGUGAACGGACUAGACCAUUCGCUGUUCCCCUCUGGGGACCAGUCUUGCAUGGAUGAGGGCCAGAGGUUCGACAUGCCCACCAUGGAGCCCACAAUGAACCAAUCUGCUCUGCUAGCGGGCUACUGCCCCGACGUCCGACUCAGGCUCCAGAUGACCAGCCUGGGGGAGACUCCCGAGUGCAGCGGGGAGGCCUACAGGGUAGCCAUGGCAGCCAUGGAGCACUCGUACAAGGCUCUCCCCGAGGCCAGGCCGGGGGUCCCCGGAGCUCCAGACCCCUACAGCCAGAGGAGCAGCCAGCCCGGUGGAACUGGGGCUGGGUCAGCCGGUGUGUACCCCAGCUCUCUGUAUCUGCAGACCCAGGCUCUGUUGAGGGAGGCCAAGGCCUAUGAGCCCAUGCUGCAGGAGAGAUGCAGAGAGCUGCCCAGCUGGCAGCAGCAACAGCAGCACAAGCAGCAGCUGGAGAGUCUCCGCAUUGCAAGUGGAGCAGAUGCAGGUGAACUGAGCAUUUAGACCUGAGAACAGCUAGUGUAAGACUGACCCAUUUUAUACACAUGUAUACUGAAUAAAAAUAUAAACGCAACACAAUUUCAACGGUUUUACUGAGUUACAGUUCAUAUAAGGAAAUCAGUCAAUUUAAAUUAAUUAAUUAGGCCCUAAUCUAUGGAUUUCACAUGACUGGGCAGGGGCGCAGCCAUGGGUGGGCCUGGGAGGGCAUAGGUCCCACCCACUUGGGGAGCCAGUCCCAGCCAAUCAGAAUGAGUUUUCCCCCACAAAAUGGCUUUAUUACAGACAGAAAUACUCCUCAGUUUCAUUAGCUGUCCGGGUGGCUGGUCUCAGGUGAAGAAGCCGGAUGUGGAGGUCCUGGGCUGGCGUGGUUACACUUCGUCUGCGGUUGUGAGGCCGGUUGGACAUACUCCCAAAUUCUCUAAAAUUAUGUUAUGGUAGAGAAAUGAACAUACAAUUCUCUGCCAAAAGCUCUGGUGGACAUUCCUACAGUCAGCAUGCCAAUUGCCCACUCCCUCAAAACUUGAGACAUCUGUGGCAUUGUGUUGUGUGACAAAACUGCACAUUUUAGUGGCCUUUUAUUGUCCCCAACACAAGGUGCACCUGUGUAAUGAUCAUGGCGUUUAAUCAGCUUCUUGAUAUGCCACACCUGUCAGGUGGAUGGAUUAUCUUGUAUAGGAGAAAUGCUCACUAACAGGGAUGUAAACACAUUUUUGCCCAACAUUUGAGAGAAAUUAGCUUUCUGUGCAUAUGGAACAUUUCUGGUAUCUUUUAUUUCAGCUCAUGAAACAUGGGACCAACACUUUAUAUGUUGCGUUUAUAUUUUUGUUCAGUAUAGUUCUCAAAAUGCCCAUAUUAGGACAACAAAAUGUUUUUGAGUGAGGAAAGUGGUUGCCAAAGUUAGAGAAGAUGGCCUCUUUGGUUAUAAGGCGGUUAGGUAUUCUUUAUAGUUGAGUCGGACAUGUCCAAUACGUCCUGUGUAUGCAGAUGAUUACUGCUGGAGUGGGCCAGUACUCCGCUCUCUACUCCACCCCCUCCAUGCCACCAGAGACCAGUAAAUGGGACGCGGUGAUCAAAGCCAACGAGAGCAUUCUGAAGGAGAAGGAGCUCGUCAUAGAGAGGUACACACCUAUUACUUCAGAUUGAAAGGCUAACCAAACUCAACAAAAAAAAUCAGGUGAUCGACUCUGAGGGAUAAUCCCCCAAAAACGUAUACUUGUGACUAUCCAGGAAUAUAAGGAAGAAGGAGUACCCGGUGCCUGCAUAGAUCUGUGUUUCUUUGGGACGAACAGGCUUACGUUCUGGCAGAGCACGCCUUUAUCAGAGCCUUGGCUAGGCUGAAAAUAAACUCCGAUCCAUGCAGACACUGAGUGUUCCUUUAAAGUGUCCUGGGGUAAGGAAUAUCUAUUUCCCUACCUGAAAAACAAAAUCUUCUUUAUACACUUAUAGCAGGCUGUAUUAGGGGAAGUGUGUGUGUGGUAUCUGACCCCAUGUCACUGGUGUUUACUCUGGGUUGUAUUGUUGUAGACAGAAGCAGCAGAUGUCUCAACUGGAGCAGCGGCUGCGGGAGAGCGAGCUGCAGGUCCACGGAGCCCUGCUCGGCCGUGGUGCUCCGUACGGCGACGUGUGUCUGCUCCGACUGCAGGUGAGCUGGACACGCUCGCACAUUCUUUCACAUUUGUCAUUUAGCAGACUCUUAUCCAGAGCCACACACCCACUUGAUGAGCUGAAACUGCACGACCACGGAUGACCUCGAAGUCUUUCCUGUGUGUCUUCCAGGAGGCUCAGAGGGAGAAUGCCUUCCUGCGGGCCCAGUUUGCAGAGCGUGGUGACUGCGCUGCCCAGGAGAAGGCGGAGGCAGAGCGCCGCCUCGGUGCCGUGGAGGCGGAGACGCGGCGUCUGAACGAUACGCUGAGGGAGACCAGCGAGAGGCACGCCGAGGAGAUGAAGAAGCAGGAGGAGCGGGUGAGAAGCUGAGCGUCGGGCCAUCUGCCACAACAUCACACUGCUACAUUGAUAGUCCAGUUGCUAAUUAUAUAAACGGAUUCACUUUUCGAAUGACAUAAAGUGACAGUUAUUUAAUGUGAUUGGCGUUGCAGUCAGGAAUUUUUCUAUUCAUAAAAAGUGACCGUUAUUCCAUACUUAACGUUUGUGUGUGUGUGUGUGUAGAUACGCAGCCGGGACAAGCACAUCAACAGCCUGAAGAAGAAGUGCCAGAAGGAGGCAGAGCAGAACCGAGAGAAGCAGCAGCGCAUCGAGACUCUGGAGCGCUACUUAGCUGACCUGCCCACUAUGGAGGACUACCAGGGCCAGAGCAAACAGGUAAAAACCAGCACAGACUGCAUUACACACACACAUACCUUACCCAAGUGAAACUGUCUUGGGAUCAGUGUCCAGGGGCAACUGUAUCGAGUGAGAUUCUUAAUUCUGUAAGUAUAUAUUGAAUAUAUUCACGGAUCGUGGCUUAUAUACAGAAUGAAGUGUAAUCUCACUCAAUACAACUACGUCCUACCUCAUCAAAAUGACUCUGGGUGUUACUAUGGUCACGUUCCAGGCAGUCUUUUUAUUGCUGUCUGGUGAUGUUUGUUCACUGUCUCAGGAAUCACAUUAAUAAGAUGUAUACAUCUUCUGAUAUGCACAGCGCCACCACAAAAGCGACACACGAGCGGGCCCUGAGUUUAGUGCUGACGUACGUGUGUUGUGUGUUUUUAGCUGUUGGAGGUGGAGCAGCGGGCGUCCCAGCUGCAGGGCCGGGUCCGAGAGCUGGAGGUGUGUCUGGAGGAGGCUCGCUCACACACCAGGGAGAAGGACACCCAGCUGGAGGAGCAGAGACGCAGGGAGAGGGAGCUGCUCACCACUGUCACCAGGUACACACACACCAAUCAAAGCUCGACGCUGUGGUUAGAAAAGAGUAGAUGCUCUGAGCUAUCCAACCAGGACCAAGUAUUUUACUACUACACACACAGCUAUACACCCAUUCUGACAUGAUCGCAUACCAGGUGUGCACCACACACAUCAUUUUAACAUGCAUGCAUACUCCUAUAACCUAUAUUGUUUGUAUAAUGACCUGUUUGUUAAUUCGUUUUGUUGUGUGUCAGUUUACAAGAGCGGGUGCAGGAGGGCCUGGAGGACGGGGCAAGGUUACCCUCCCUGGAUGUGGAGAAACUCAGAGGGGAGAACAGCAGCCUGAGAGAGGAACAACAGAGACUGAAAAAGGUCAGUCUUUUCAUCUUGUUCCUUCUUCUUGGCCUAUUUCAGCUUUUACAUUGACAUUUCACCUGUACAUUCCAUUCUGGAAUGUUGCUCUGCUUUUUGUCGUUGUCGUCUAGUGCUGGUUCUAAAACGUUCCCGCUCUUGUCUUUUGUCUUUUUUUUUCUCCAGGUCGUGGAGAAGCAGCUGAGGAUGAUGGAGCAACUGGGCACCCAGAUCGUGGUAUGUGAUACUUAUUUAAUCUGUUUACAUGAUAUCUCUGAGUAACCUAUAUGGACUUACUAGCCAAACCCAUAUCCAACCUCUGACCUGUGUGUAUUUGUGUUUCUCUCUGUGUGUAGACCCUGGAGGAGCAGGUGUCUCAGGAGGAGAGCAGCUCUCAUGCUCUGAGAGAGGAAGUGUGUUCUAAAGAGCAGGGGCUGCUACAGCUCCGCACAGCAAUGAAGGAGGUGAGAUGGUAGGACAGGACAACACCACUACUGGAAAUAAUGCUCUGUUCCAUGUUCUGAUAGGAGUCAUCUUGAGAACCUCAGAGCUCAUGUUCUGUCCUAAUGCAUAAAAUGAUGAACUGGACAGCAGGUUACAUUUCAAUACUUAUUCAUUAACCAUGCACAUACGUAUUGAAAUUGUGCUGUAACUGUCCAUUUUAUUUUACAUGGAGUAUCUAUGACUAUUCCCCACCACCCAACUAUUUUAGUUGUAGAAGAACUUUGAGUUGAAUAUGUUGUCUAUUAUUUCUGUCAUUCCUAAUGGUGUGUUUUCUGUGUAUUCCCAGCUGUCGGCCCAGAACCAGGAACUAAUGGAGCAGAACUUGACCCUCCAUGAGCGUCUGGAGGACUCGGAGAGGGUGAACCUGGACCGGACGUCCUCCUCGCUGCGGCCUGCCGGGGCCCGCCUCACCCAGCGUCUCCACGGGGAGAUGGCCUCAUGCCUCUGCGACCUGCGCUCCCUCUGCAACGUCCUGACCCAGCGGUCACAGGGCCGAGACCCCAACCUCUCGCUGCUGCUUGGCAUUACAUGUGAGGGAUGACCACUGCGCCGCUACAGGAUUUAGUAGCAUUAGCAUUAAAAAGGCUGCUGCUAUUUUUCACUUAAUCCUGAAACAAUUUUAAAAUCAGUUAUAGCUUGAGCGAUGGUAAAAGUCAAAGAUGAAUGUUUGAACAAUUGAAGUGUUGUAGCCACAGAAUACUUCCAGCUAUAUACAAGUGUUGUAAUACGUUGUCGUCAUACUUCCAGGUCCUGUCACCUAAUCCUUUGAAUGAGCUUGAUGAUUAUGUCAUCAAAUUCCUGAAAAUGUUGGGUUAUUUAAGAUGUGUGUGUGUAUACAAUUAUAUAUAUUUUUUUUUUUGGGAUGAAUUUACUUCUGCCAGAUGCCUUUUUAUGUUUUUGUGCUGAAAACCAUUUGCGCUACAUUUUAGCCCAUUGAACUUUUGUAGGCUUUUUGAAUGGUCUUCAAAAACGACAAGGCUACAAAAAUCACUUUCAUAGUGUGUAGUAACUGUGUUUCUUCUUCUCCCCAGCUCCCCCACCCAUGGCAGAGCAGGUGGAGGACUGGCUGAGUCCUGAGGUCCUCCAGAGGAAGUUGACUGAAGCCCAGCAGCUGCGUCGUGACGUGGAGGAGCUCCGCACCACCGUCUCAGACCGCUACGCCCAGGACAUGGGAGAGAACUGCAUUACCCAGUAG